AUGAGCUUGAAAGACGAAUUGAAUGUGGACGCUGUCGCCUGUGCCGGGCUGGAGAACCUGGGCUACAAACAGGAGAUGACACGGGUUUGUGCUUGUUCUUGUUCUAUUCGGUCGAAUCCCGAGCUCAUGAUCAUUGCAUAUUGUCUUGCAGCUCCCAUAGCGACGUCGCUUAUCGGAGGUGGUCCAGCGGUAAUGAUAUGGGGAUGGAUCUUGGUGUCGGUCCUUACCCAAACCCUUGCUCUUUCGGUGGCGGAGAUAUGCUCCAAAUAUCCCACAUCCGCAGGCGCGUACUACUGGUGUUAUCGAUUUGCGUCUCCUCGCAAGCGACUUCUUGCCUCCUGGAUCAAUGGCUGGUUGACACUUGUCGGUGUUUGGAUGACUGCUCUGAGUGCCACGUUUGGAACAGCUCAACUUGUUGUCGCCGGCAUCGGAAUAUACCACCCUGAAUGGAAUGCAGCACCGUGGCAAACAUGCAAGGCUUCAUUUGCAUAUCAAUAUGUGAUUUUCCUCGGCGUGACUGCCGUUGCCUGUGGUUUCUGCCUAUUUUUCAACAAGUACCUGCCGGCCAUCGACAUCAUUUGUGCUUGCUGGACUGGCUUAGGCAUCAUCGUCAUCUUGAUAUGUGUGACUGUCAAGGCUGCGGCAGGGCGCCACUCUAUCUCGUUUGCGCUUGGGCAUUUCGAUCCAUCGUAUUCGGGAUGGACACCUGGGUGGUCUUUUUUCAUUGGUCUAUUGCCGUACGUCGUGGCCUUUACACCGUGUGCACUGACUUACAGCCAGAAACUAGUCACCAACAUGGCCGAAGAGGUUCAUAACCCUUCUGAAAUACUUCCGAAGGCUAUCACCUGGUCUAUACCCGCUGGCGCAUUAUAUGGUGUGGUAUUCCUUCUGCCAAUCCUUUUCACGCUGCCAGAUGUUACUACAUUGCUUCAAGUUUCUUCCGGUCAACCAAUUGGUCUGAUGUUCACUUUGAUCAUGGGCUCCAGGGCUGGUGGUUUGGGGCUGUGGUUCAUUAUAUUUGGUAUUGGCAUGUUUGGUGCAACCUCCGCAUCUUGUGCCGCUUCUCGUGCAACAUGGGCCUUCGCACGUGAUAAAGCUAUUCCAUUCCAUCAGGUGUUUUCAAAGAUCAGUCCGUACCUCGACGAUGUUCCCGUCAAUGCACUCCUGCUCUCCACCGUCAUCCAGGUUCUCCUUGGACUCAUCUACCUGGGCUCAUCAGCUGCGUUCAACGCCUUCUUGGGCGUUGCUGUCAUGUGCCUCGGAGCAUCCUAUGCCAUGCCCGUUGCCAUCUCGCUCAUGAACUCCCGGGAAGACGUGCAUGAUGCCCCAUUCAACCUUGGCAGGUUCGGUACCGUGAUCAAUGCAGUCGCGGUAUUGUGGAUCAUGUUCGCCAUCGUGCUGUUCUCGAUGCCUGCUAUCAUUCCAGUUACGAGGUUUUCAACGAAUUACGCUUCGGUAGUGUUUGUGGGGUUCGGGGUAAUUAGUGGUGUGUGGUACAUGAUCGACGGCCAGUUUAACUAUCCAGGGCCUCCGAUUCCAAAACAACCGGUAGAUUCACUCUAA